CUUCUAUAAAAACCCUGGCUAAUCUUCUUCUCGUCAUCGUCCACCGAGUGUGUUAAUUCUUGGUGUUCGUGCUGGUUGACUCCAUGGAUCGUUUCCGUUCUCUUCUUACAUUGUUCUUACUUGCUGUAGUCGGUCAUGCAGCGUUGCCUCCUCGGCUGGUCGACUGGAACUCGGUCGUCCCCAACACUCCCAUGCCGAGCGCCAUCAGUGAUCUUAAAAACCCUGAUGUCACUGAUGAGCAGAAGUCAGGUACCAAUGUGAGCGUCGGCAUGGGAGGCGUGAACGUGAGCUCCAAGGGGGAUAGUGGCGGCGCCACCGUCAAAGUUGGCGAGGGCGGCGUCCAUGUGGGCACCUGGAAGCCCGGUGGCGGAACCACCUUUGAUGUCGGGGAAGAAGGUGUGAACGUGAACACCAGCCACGAGGGGGGAGGGCGGCCCGUUGUUGUCAGGGUGCCUUUCAGCAGUGGCUUGUCCUUCUCAUAUGCUGCCGCCGAGAGACAGAUCCAUGAUGACCCCAGCAUCGCCCUCUUCUACCUGGAGAAGGGCUUUAAGUCUGGCUCCAAGUCGAGCGUACAAUUCAAGAAGACCACCACCGGCGCAGCUUUUCAUCCGCGAAAAUCAUAGUCUCUAUCUGUGUGUUUGAGAGAGAGAGAGAGAGAGAGAGAGAGAGAGAGGCAGCUAUUUGCUUCUCGUGUUGCACACGUAAAUGCAUCUUCGUUAUGUAACAACAACAAUAAUAAUAGCAGCAUUUGGAGCUCUACGUUUGUAGGAAAGAUUACAUA